AUGCAACCCGCAACGGCUCACAGAUCCCAUGGACCAGUAUCUGUAGAGACCUCCCCCCCCACAGUCAUCGGCCUCUGGAAAAUUUUCACUUUUAACGAAUUCAACAGCGCGAUGAGCAACGGAGCACUGGGCUCGACCUUUUGUUCAAUUGGUAGCUGGAGAUCUAUACUUUUGUGUUGGACAAUUCAUUCCCUCGUACCGGAGCUCAUUACAAAACCUCUGUCUCCACGCACCCACACUCUCCUUGUUCCACACUGUGUAAAGGAAAUGAAGUACGUUAUUGAGCACAUGGAGGAUGGGUUCAGCGAGUGGGUGAUACUAGAGUACUUGCAGAUCCUGAGGGACGUUGGUCGCGAGAAUCUCCACCUGACCUCUCUUCCCGAGGGCACCAAGGAUCAGGAUAUCCCACAGAGGUUGCGCGAUGCGGGUCUUCAGUGGUCCACGGGCGGACUGAAGAGCGCCGCCGAGACGGGGUCGCCCGCGAUGGUCAACGGCCGGGUGUGUCUGCUGGACCCUCGCGCUGAACAAGAUCUGUCGCCCGAGGACGCAACGCAGUUCGACUACUUCGUGUUCGGUGGGAUCCUAGGGGACCACCCUCCGCGCGACCGGACGAGCGAGUUGAAGGAAAUGUACCCUGGCAUGCUAGUUGGGAGACGCCUGGGCGAUAAACAAAUGACCACGGACACAGCGGUGCGGACGACACAGCUCGUACUACGCGGGCAGCAGUCAUUGAGCAGGAUCCAGUUCGUCGACUACCCGGAGUUCCGCUUCUCGAAACAUGAGGCCACGGAAAUGCCCUUCAGGUACGUCGCGGACACCGCCUCGGGCAAACCGAUCCUCCCAGAGGGGAUGAUGCAGCUGAUCAAGGAGGACUCGCAACAGACGCUCGACGACUUGCUCCUGUAG